CACGUCCUUGAUCCUUGGGAGAAGGCGGUGGCUCGCUGUUGCUGCGAGUGCACUGCGAGUGUUGAAUCCAUCUCCUCGGUGAUGUGAUUGUGUUUUCGUGUGCCCUUAUUUCGAGCGUGUCCAGUGUCCGUGCACCAUGUCGCGACAAAACGACAGAGGAAGCUACGCCCAGUCGUACAAGCUGGUCGUGGUGGGGGGCGGAGGCGUCGGCAAAUCGGCGAUCACCAUUCAAUUCAUUCAGAGCUACUUCGUCACGGACUACGACCCCACCAUCGAGGACUCGUACACCAAGCAGUGCGUCAUCGAUGACAUCCCCGCCAAGCUGGACAUCCUGGACACCGCGGGUCAGGAGGAGUUCAGCGCCAUGAGAGAGCAGUACAUGCGGUCCGGCGAGGGCUUCCUGCUCGUCUUCUCCGUGACGGACCGCGGCGGCCUGGACGAGAUGUUCAAAUACCACCGGCAGAUCCUCCGCGUCAAGGACAGGGACGAGUUCCCAAUGCUCAUGGUGGGCAACAAAGUGGACCUGGAGCACCAGCGGCAGGUGUCUCGAUUCGAUGCUCAAAACGCCUCCACACAGCUCAAGAUCCCAUACAUUGAGUGCAGCGCCAAGCAACGCAUGAAUGUGGAUCAAGCCUUCCAUGAAUUAGUACGAAUUGUACGUAAGUUCCAGGCUUCUGAAAGACCGCCACUGAAGCCUACCUCGAGUAAUAAGAAGCGCAAGUGCUGUAUCCUCUAGGUGCUCUUUAGUGUCCUCUGUUUUUCAUGCAGGUUCGUUAUUAAUUAUGGCAAUCUGUCCUUUUGUAAAAAAAAAUACUUGUGGUUUUGCUAUUUUAAAACGAAGAAAAUAGAAAAGACUUGCGCACACUUCUAAAAAGUUGUGAAGCCUUAAUUAUCCCAAUGUUUUUUGGUGUUGUUUUUAUGAGCAUAGUCUGUGGUCAGUUAGUUUUCUGUAUUAGUUCUCAGGUUAUUUAUGUCUCUUAAAAGCAACACUAGACCUUAAAGCUUUAAUAAAUGUUAGCAUGGAGGACCUUACACCUCAUGCAUAGCCAUGUUUUAAUGUGCUGUUACUUGUCAACUAUGUAGGGGCUAAUGUAGGUAAUUUUCAGUAUUUUUUUCUGAUGGAGAUUGAAUUAUACUAAGAGGAGCUUCAUAACAUUUUAAAUGUACAGCAAACUAAGAGAUUGUAGCCUAUGUAACAAUGUGUGACUGUUAUGUGCUACCAGAUUGAUUCAAUGGUAACCAGCCGGUAAAUUUACAAAAUGACAUUCCACGGUGCUCCCUUGUGUUUGGAUGGACCCUGACACUACGGAAUUUAACAAGUGCUGUUCGAGCUGUUUUCUGAGCAUUUGUCCUGCCAUUCAACACCAAAAUUAUUUUAGUUACUGCUGCUAUUCAUUCAUUUUAAGUUCAUGUGGUCCUGUUUAAGAAACAGCCAUUGCUGGCUGUAUGCUGCUAUGCCUCUGCUGUUCAAUGUAGUGCUUUGUUUGACUGAUACUAUCGGAUCCUGGGACUCAGACCUUUUAUACAUUAUUUGUGCAUUGAAUUUGCUGGACACAAUUGCAGAAUAACUAUGUAGAGUGAUGAACCCUGUCUUGCAGUCAUAUACUUGUUAAUUUCACUGAAUGUUUUCGGGGUGAAAGAAUAGUUUCACCCAGUGUCAUCCUAAAGGAAACUAAAGACUUAACAAUGAGGCCAGUUGGGAUGGUGCUUUUAUUUAUUGUGAAGAAGUGGUUGGAUUUUAGUCAUAUAAAAUUAUAUCAUGGAAGGUGAACUAUUUAUCAGGCUUACAUGUUAUCAUACAAUGUUAAUUAGAGUUGAUGCGUUUUCAUAUCUAAAUAUUUUUUGUGAAAAGAUAUUACCAAAGCAGUUUCUUAUGGCUUUAUAACUUGACUGCAUUUAGACCUGAUAAUUAGUUCUUCCUUCUUUCAACUGCCAUGUUUUUGAUAGUGAUAGUUCUAUUUUUUUUUUCAUGAUAUCGACUGUUGCACCAGAACUCAUGCUGUAUUUUUCCUAGAAAUUGACCUAAAGCUAUUUUCAUACCUCAUCCCGCUUGUGUGUGAGGAAGUUGCAUGUUUUACUUUCUAAACACUGUUUCAUGAGAUGAAAAUGUUCAAAAUCAUAUCAUAGACUGUGAUGUUGCCCUGUUAAUGCUGCAGAAGAGCUAAGCUGUGCAUGUUUAUGGUGUUUGUUCAACAUAAUUCUUUGAGAAAUUGGAAGAUGCCUCGUGACUCCUACAGUUAUACCUCACUCUAUUGGACGUUGAUUUGUCUUCUUCUAAUGUGUAAAUUGAAUGUUGGUGCGCAUCUUAAAAAUAUUUGUGCUAUUUUUGUAACACUUUUAAAGAGUUUGACAGUGUUAAAAGAAAUUGGGUUAUUUCCUGUUUUAUUUUUAUGUCAAGUCUAUGAAUUAUUUUAUUGUAUUGUUACUAAAUAACCAUAAUUUUAACUGUUUUAUUGAAGUAAAGACUUCCACAUGGUCAAUUACUAAGUUAUUUUAUGCCUUGUGAGUUUUUAAUGUACUAAGUCCAUGUUGGUGCUAAAAUUUUGACAUAAAUUUUGUGAUAAUGCAUAACAAAUCAAAUCAAUUGUCAAUUACUUAUUUUAAGGAUAGUCAACUCAAAACAAGCAGGACCUUUUUGAUACCGUUUUAUUUUUUGUCUUGCCUAUACUUGCACAAAUUCAAUUGCGAGAAACGAAUAAGCAUGCUAUGUUUUUGUUUUUUAUUUCAUAGGUAGUCUGCUGUGUUCUACGCUAUUCGUAUACAUGCAUGUUCUGCUUUCGGAACAUUACUCUACCCAUCAAUUCUAGUUUUGCAAUCUUGCUGUGUGUGCUCUAGACAAGUGGCCAGUAUUCAGAGUCUAGAUGUAAAUGGGGUAAAACUAUUCCUGCAUUCAGGAAAGUUUUGUUGGUCUUGAAAUUUUAUUCUCGUGUCAUAUUUGAUUGUUCCUAACUUAUAAUUUGAUGACGCACAACUUUUGUAAGCUUUGUGCCUUAUACAUAUAGGCUUGCUUCCAAUUCAUGUAGACAUUACGUUUUGAUGUGUGUACGUCGCAUUAAUGUUGUUAUCAUCUCAGGACAUAUUUUUGUGUUUGAAAGAUGGCAUCUCAGUAAUUUGUUUUAAGCUUGAGCUUUUAUAUUAACUUAUUAAUUUAAACAUUAUUUGUGUUAAGGAGGUAGAUGCUGAUAAAGAGUUAUAUUUUUUAAAAAUUGCUUUAUUAACUUUGUAUUUGUGAUACAGUUUUACUUGAAGACACCUUGUACUGACUGUCCAACAGUGUUCACCAGUGUUCAAUGGUUAUCUUUGAACACUUGCUGUUUAUAUCUCUCUAUUGACUGACAACUUCGUCGUCAUUCGAAUGACAAGAUCUUGUCAACACAGUACUGUACUUAACAAAAUGUGGAAUGUUUUCCGAGUUUUUUGCUCUUGCCAGGGUGCUUUACCCAUUAAUGUCACAAAUCUGAAGCAUUUUGUUGUGUGCCACAAUAUUGUUGCAAGCUAAUUGUUGUGUACUGCAGUACUUAUCAAGUCACCAAACUGAAAUUAAAACCUUGAUUGUUUAACAUUUCA